GAAUGAGCGGGAGGUGGAGGAAUUCCAAAACACAGCUGAAAUGAAUCAUCUAUACCAGUUGUGCAGGAAGAUCCAGAUGUAUCUGGGGGAAUCCGAACAAGGCUAACUUGUAUAGGAGACCCUCGUGCCAUGACGUCUGGUUCCGGUGGUAGCUGCAGUAUCUCCUGCGCCCCCCCACCAGACUCAUUUCCUCAACCGAGCGGUAACCCGCCCCUUUCGAAUUAUGCGCAUGCGCCGCGUCUGGUAAGUUGCUAUGGGAAUAAACACACAAUCGUGCUCACAGGUGUAAUAUAGGGACACCAGCCAUGGCGGUGAAAACGGACAUGGAGAGAAUUGGCGUAUUUUCUGAAAGUGGAUAUACUACUAUUGCUGAUCCUUAUGUCCCUUCAUCCAGUAAUGCGUUUAAUGAAGGUGCUGCAAAAGGAAAGCAGAUGAUAGUAUCGGGAACAAAAUCCAAGGCAGCAUCUCAAGGUGGAUAUUUUGAAAGAUCUUUCACUCGCAUAUUAGAGGGUGAAGCAUAUUCUGAUCCAGUUAAACUAAGACGAAAACGAAGGUUUCAGGAGGCAAAGAAAAAUUUUGGAGGGUCAUGGAUUCCAAGCAGCACAGGAAAACGACCGUCAGGAGUUGGUAGCCAUUUUGGCACCUUUGCUGGUCCUGUAACAUCGUUUAGUGCUCUUGAAAAGCCACAGGAAAAGUACAGACCUUCAGGGAAGAACUUUCUAACAAACCCUGGAAAAAAUGGAAGUGGAUAUGGAUGCAAGAUUAUGAAGUGCGGACAGACGGACUGACAGACUUACAAACCAUGUACUGAAACCCUUGCUGCGCAUGCGCGCCGAGGGUUAAUUAGGUUGUUGCGAAGCAAUUUUGCAAGUAGUAUAAAGCAAAAUUUGAUAUUAGGGUUGUGUUCUCCGUACCUUUAAAGCCUGGCUACAAACAUGUUUACAAAGUUUCAACUGCUACUUUUAACAUUACUCAUUUAUUAUUUUAAUAAUGUCUGGAGAAGUCAGCCUUGUAUGAAAUUCGUCUCAAAUGAGCUACUAUUCACCUCGCACCCAGAC